AUGCUCCCUGCUGAUGAGAAUCCAAAAGAAGGUCCAUCAAGCGUAGCACCAACAGAAGGUCUGACUAGCACAGCACUAGAAGAAGGUCCUGCAAGCACAGUGGCAAAAGAAGGUCCUACUACCACAGCACCAACAGAAGGUCCUGCAAGUACAGUGCCAACACAAGGUCCUUCAGGGAUAGUGUCAACAGAAGUUCGUACUAGCACAGCAACAACAGAAGUUCCUGCAAGCACAGCACCAACAGAAGGUCCUGCAAGCACAAAAGGGCCUGCAAGCACAGUGCCAACAGAAGGUCCUACUAGCAAAGGGCCAACCAAAGGUACUUCAGAGACAAUGCCAACAGAAGGUCCUACUAGCAUAGCACCAACAGAAGGUCUUGCAAGCACAGCGUUAACAGGAGGUCCUACUAGCACAGUGCCAACAGAAGGUCCUACUAGCACAGCACCAACAGAAGGUCUUUCAGGGAAAGUGCCAACAGAAGGUCAUACUAGCACAGCAUCAACAGAAGGUCCUGCAAGCACAGCGCCAACAGAAGAUCCUGCAAGCACAGAAGGUCCUACAAGCACAGUGCCAACAGAAGGUUCUACUAGCAUAGCACCAACAGAAGGUCCUGUAAGCACAGUGCUAACAGAAGGUCCUGCAAGCACAUUGCCAACAGAAGAUCCUGCAAGCACAGAACCAACGGAAGGUCCUGCAAGCACAGUGCUAACAGGAGGUCCUACUAGCACAGCACCAACAGAAGUUCAUGCAAGCAUAGUGCUAACAGAAGGUCCUUCUAGCAUAGCACCAACAGAAGGUCCUGCAAGCACAGUGCUAACAGAAGGUCCUACUAGCACAGAAGGUCCUACUAGCAUAGCACCAACAGAAGAUCCUGCAAGCACAGUGCCAACAGAAGGUCUUUCUAUCAUAGCACCAACAGAAGGUCCUGCAAGCACAGUGCUAACAGAAGGUCCUACUAGCACAGAAGGUCCUACUAGCAUAGCACCAACAGAAGGUCCUGCGAGCACAGUGCCAACAGAAGGUCCUACUAGCACAGCACCAACAGAAGGUCCUGAAAGCACAGUGCCAACAGAAGGUCCUACUAGCACAGGGCCAACCAAAGGUCCUUCAGAGACAGUGCCAAAUGAAGGUCCUACUAGGACAGCACCAACAGAAGAUCCUGCAAGCACAGUGCCAACAGAAGGUCCUUCAAGCACAAUGCCAACAGAAGGUCCUACUAGCACAGCACUAACAGAAGGUCCUACUAGCACAGUACCAACAGAAGGUUCUGCAAGCACAGCGCCAACCGAAGGAACUUCAGGGACAGUGCCAACAGAAGGUCCUACUAGCACAGCACCAACAGAAGGUCCUGCAAGCACAUUGCUAAGAGAAGGUCAUACUAGCACAGCACCAACAGAAGGUCCUGAAAGCACAGUGCCAACAGAAGGUCCUACUAGCACAGGGACAACCAAAGGUCCUUCAGAGACAGUGCCAAAUGAAGGUCCUACUAGCACAGCACCAACAGAAGAUCCUGCAAGCACAGUGCCAACAGAAGGUCCUGCAAGCACAGUGCCGACAGAAGGUCCUACUAGCACAGCACCAACAGAAGGUCCUACUAGCUCAGUACCAACAAAAGGUUCUGCAAGCACAGUGCUGACAGAAGGUCUUACUAACACAGCACCAACAGAAGGUCCUGCAAGCACAGUGCCAACAGAAGGCCCUACUAGCACAGCGCCAACCGAAGGAACUUCAGGGACAGUGCCAACAGAAGGUCUGACUAGCACAGCACCAACAGAAGGUCCUGCAAGCACAGUGCCGACAGAAGGUCCUACUAGCACAGCACCAACAGAAGGUCCUACUAGCUCAGUACCAACAAAAGGUCCUGCAAGCACAUUGGUAAGAGAAGGUCAUACUAGCACAACACCAAAAGAAGGUCCUCGAAGCACAGUGCCAACCGAAGGUCCUACUAGCACAGCGCCAACCGAAUGUCCUUCAGUGACAGUACAAAAUGAAGGUCCUAGCACAGCAUCAAAAGAAGAUCCUACUAGCACAGUGCCAACGGAAGGCCCUACAAGCACAGCACCAACCGAAGGUCCUACUAGCACAGUACCAGCAGAAUAUUCUGUCACUGAAACGACUACCAAGGCACAGAAUGAAAACCCAAAGGAACUCUCAUCUGUCAAGGUCCUUAGAUCUACCCCUGCUCCAAAUAAGACACCAUCCUCUCCUGUUCCAGUGAAACCAACAAAAAAUCCUACUCGACCUAGUAUGGAGAAGAAUGACAAAUCUGAACAAAAGGACACUCACAAUGAUCCUAGUGGCAUUGCUACAAUCAGACCAGCAGAAAAACCUCUUAAUGCUACCUCAGACAAGAAUGGCAAAACAGAUAGUAUUAAAGAUUAUCAAGCUGAUGAUUAUGACACUAACCUCUGCAGUGGUCGUCCAAUCAGUGGUUUGACAACUCUCAGAAAUGGUACCAUUGUGGUGUUCAGAGGACAUUAUUUUUGGACACUGGACAAACAUAGAAAUCCUGAUCCACCUCAGUUAAUUACAAGUGUGUGGGGAAUUCCAUCUCCCAUCGACACGGUUUACACCAGCUGCAACUGCCAGGGCAAAACCUACUUCUUCAAGGGAAAGAACCACUGGAGGUUUGAGAAUGCUGUGAUGGAUUCUGGCUUUCCCAAACCCAUCAGCACAGACUUUGGACAGAUUGGUCAUAUCACAGCUGCUUUACCUAUACCUAAGUACAGAAGCAGAAAAGAGUCUGUAAUCUUCUUCAAAAGAGGUGGGAUGGCGCAAAAGUACACAUAUCAGAUUACUCCAAAUUGUGGGACAAAGACAAGAAUUCCUAUGCUGACAGUGAGGACGAGAGCCAGACGACAAGCUGCUGCAGCUCUGGGUCAAGUGAUCAAUAUCUCAAAGACCUGGAGGGGAUUUCCGACCAUGGUGACCUCAGCCGUGUCUGUACCCUCAAGGGUGAAAGAGGGAUACAAGUAUUAUGUAUUCACUCAAAACAAUUAUUACAGCAUCAAAAUGGAAGGAGAAAGACCAGUGAUCCUCAAACCUGCUACAGGUCCAAAGGAAAACUCUGCAGCCAGCUUCUUUAAAUGCCCAGAAACCCAGAAAAACUGA